CAGCCUUCUUAUGAAAAAGUGAUCAUAUGUUCACAGAGUCUGUACACCGCUCACACGGGACGCACUGCUGUCUGCAGCUUUCUGUCCAUGACAGUAAACAGUAAGAAACCUUUCGAUUUCCCUUCUGCUUUACUCAGCCAAUCAGCAGCUAGGAUUAAAUGUUCGCCCUUAGCGUUAGCACAUCACGGACCAACCGUUAACUCAUUGGAGUGAGGAGCAGUGGAACAACAACAACACAAGGCCUUGGCGGCUCCUGCAGUGCAGUGGAGGGGCAGGAGGGAAAGCCAGUAGGCAGAGAGACUGCACAGAGGAGCGAGACGCAGAAUAGAAUGCCUCUGUUCUUCAGGAAGAAGAAGCCCAGCGAUGAGUCCCAAAAGAGACUGGAAUAUCAGCUGUGCCGGUCUAAGGAGGCGGGUGCCGAUGACAUCCUGGAUAUCUCAGCUUGUGAGCUCUCAGAUGUUCCCUCAAGUGCAUUUUCCAUGUGCAAGGUUCUACAGAAGAAGGUCUUUAUCCUCCACAACAAUGAGCUGAGGUCACUGCUGCCCAAAGGAUGCGACAUCUGUUCUCUGGCCACUUUAAAGGUUUUGGAUCUUCAUGAAAAUAAGAUCACAUCGCUGCCAGAAGACAUUGGGAAGCUGGCUUCACUGCAGAUUCUGAAUGUGGAGAAGAAUCGUUUAAAGGUAUUGCCAGAUUCCAUAGGGGACCUGCAGCUUCUGCAGACACUCAUUUUGAAGGGUAACGUUCUCAGUGAGCUGCCAUCAUCAGUUGGCUCUUUGAGCAGCCUGCGCUCCCUGGACCUGAGUGAUAACAACAUUGUCCAGCUCCCCAAACCUCUGGCCUACAUCCGCACGCUAGAGAGCUUUACACUUGAUGCUGCCAUGAUGACCUACCCACCUGCAUCUGUGUGCACAGAAGGCACAGAGAGCAUUCAACGCUUCCUAUGCACAGAGCUGGGAGAGGAGUACUGCCCACCAUCCCAGUACCUCCUGCCAGUGCUGGAGAAUGACUGUGGCAAACAGAACUGUGACCAGUGGGAUGGUUUGGAGGAGGCCUGGAAGAACAAAUUCAGUGACUACGAGAAGAGAAAGGAUCAGAAGCAGCAGGAGAAACUGGCCUUUGAGCGGCACCUCGUUGAGAGGCAAAACGAACAUACCCAGCUUGUGCUCACGAACACCUCCCGCAAGGAGAACAUACUCAACUCAGUUCGACAGGAGCAGGAGCGUAUGGAGCAUGGAGUCAGCCAACAGCAGAGGGCUCAGGAAGCCGAGAGGCUGCUGGUGCUGGAAAAAGUGAGACAAGCUGAAGAUGGCAUCAGCAGCCGUAUCAGCAACAUGCUGAUGGACAACCAGCGGCAGAAAAAGAGCACAGAGUUUCUUCAAGCCAUGGAGGAAGAUCGGAUCCGUAUGGAGCAUCUGACUGCCAUCACACAGGAAGAGGCCACUUCAUUGAGGAAGAGGGAGGUGGCAGUGGCCAUGCAGAAGAUGCUGUCAUACAGCUAUGCUAUGAACCUCCUUCAGGAAGCCAGUGACUGUCGCAGACGGAGCCUGGUCACUGAGGCCAAUAGAAGUAUGGAGAAUUCGGACAAGAGGUUCGAUAAGAUGUUGUCCCUCCAAGCUUUGGACAAAUCUAAAGCCAUUGCCCACAUCUUGCAAGAGGAGGAGAUGCAGAAAGUUGCAUUCCAGGCAUUGCAGUUGCAGAAAGAUGCUGUACACGGAACCAUCCGCAACCAGAUCAAGCUCAUUGAGGGUGAAUUAAUGCAACUGACUAAACUGGAAAUUAAAAGACGCAACCUGGAUGCUGAGAACCUGCAGGAGGUUCUGGUGGAGCAGCGCACAGCUCUCAGUGAUAUGUUGCAGCAGCUGCUGAAGCAGAGGGAGCAGAGAGAGCAGGAGCUGCGGCAGAUUCUGGUGGAGCUGGAGCAGAAGUGUGCGUCAAACCAGCAGAACUACUGGAUGAUACAGUAUCAGAGGCUGCUGGAUGCCAAGCCCAUGUCACUGCGAAUGCAGGAAGCGGGCGUUGAGAAAGAGCUGGUGAACCUGUUGUGUAAACUGGCGGCUCAACAUUACCUGCCCAUCCUGGCUCAUCAUCGAGUGACAACUGAGGCCCUUCGCCACAUGAGCUCCUCUGAUCUCAAGAAGCUUGGCAUUAAUGAGGUAGGAAUCCAGAAAGCUCUUCUGAACUGGGCCAGGGAAAACCAACCAGAAGCAGGAGCAUGUAAGGUGGUCCCUCAGGGUGAGGCAGCAGAAGACAUCCCCACAGCUCCAUCUCCUCCCUCCCCUCCUUCUUUUCCCAAUACAUCAGCGGCCCAGAUCCCCAGCCCCCCACUCACCCCAGGAUCCCCUGUCACUCCGGCAGCACCCAGCCCCGUGGAGGGACCGGGGAGCUCCGAGUGUGUGGUCUGCAUGGAGAAAGAGUCUCAGGUCAUCUUCCUGCCCUGUGGUCAUGUUUGCUGUUGUCAGGUGUGCAGCAACGCUCUGCAGAACUGCCCUUUGUGUCGUAGCAACAUAUCGCAGCAUGUACGACUCUACCACGGCUAGAACCAGCUGCACCACUGCCCUUCACCGACGGCAACACCCUUUAUUAAUGCAUGGUCAUGAAGCAGCUGUGAGCAAACCUCUUCCUAUAUAGAAAAGCUAUUAGCUGGAUUGUGAACAGUCAAUCAACUUUCCUGUUUUAAUCAGAAACCUCUUUGUCAUGUUUAUUAUGAAACAAAUUUGAAUAGAAUUCUUUAACGGUGUUAUUUUACUGGUAUUCCAAGCCUGUUUUAUUUUUUUAGUUUCUUUUGAUUGUAUAAUUUUUAUCUCAACUGAUAUGUGCCUUUUUAUAAAAUGUUUUUAUUUCAAACAAUACAAAUUGUUUCUGCAACAAAAGCACCAUGUGUUGACUAAGGCAAAUUAGACAGAAUCUACUGAUAGUUCGUCCAGGUCCCUCUGUACUUAUCCUUACUUAUCUUGUGUUAUUUCGUGGGAGUUAUCGAAGCAUAUAACGAUGACUUGACUGAAAAUUCAUUUUCAAAAGAAGCUUCUCCUCUUUUGGAUCUAUUCUUGACAUCCACCCCACUAUGGAUUGAUCAAAGCACCCAAAACUAUCUUCUGGGGUCCUAUUAACACCCUUAUUAACCCUUAUCAAAUAACUAAUACAAUGUUUUACCAUAUGACUGUGUGGUAAUCAGAAACAAAGACAUGUAAAAAUAUCCAAUAUGUACGUACAUUUUCAGCUUAUUAAAAAGUAGCAGACAAUAACAACCGACCAUAAUAAUAACAAUGAGUGAGUUAGUAUGAAGAGGAAGCUGAGUUUGCAUUUUAAGUGUUGGAAAAAGGGAUGAAGAAUGAAGAAGAAAGAAGUGAUUUUAAGUUCACAGAAACUGGCUAAAAUAAACAUAUAUCUUAUAUUUAAGUAUAAAUAUAUAAUAUAUGUCUAAUAUGUGUGAAUUUACUGUAUAUACUGCCUAUGUUGGAAGUAAAAAUAAAAUUCCGUAAAACAGUAAGAAAA